GCGGGAGGCUUAAGGCUCUGGGGCUGGAGGCCUCGGUUUCUCGGCUCAUCGCUUCCGUCAGAUGCUCGCUGGUUAGUAUUGCUGAAGAUGAGACGAUCUGCAGCACCGAGUCAGGUGCAAGGGACUUCCUUUAAAAAACCAAAAUUCAUACCUCCAGGAAGAAGCAGUUCAAGUCUGAGUGAAGAGGUUAUGGAGAUGAGUCCAGAUAUAAAAUUAUUUGAGGGUGCUGCAAGUAAUGUCUUUUGCCAGUCACAAAAUGAUCCAGAUGUAUGCAGUUCAAGCCUUUGGCCUAUUGAGAGAAGCACUAGGGAAAUUAAUCUGGGGGAUAGAUUAAAUCCACCUCAUACAGUUCAUUCAGCCUCUAAAGAAAUAACAGAUUCCAAGGCACAAGAGGAGGAACCCGCUAGCCUAGUUAAAUACUUCAGUGUUGUUUGGUGUAAAGCUUCAAAGAAAAAACACAAAAAAUGGGAAGGUGAUGCUAUUCUUAUUGUAAAAGGAAGAUCAUUUACAUUAAAAGAUCUGGAAGGCAAAGACAUUGGAAGAGGCAUUGGAUAUAAAUUCAGAGAGCUUGAAAAUUUAGAAGAGAGCCAAACAUUGAUGAUUGGUGGAAAAGAAAUAGAAAUCUUGGGCACAGUCUCUUCAGAUGACUUCAACAGUGGCAGGUGUUUUCAAUGUGGAAGAGGAAGUCCUGCCAUCCCAAGUUCUCAGACUGCCAGGAAAUGCUUUUCUAACCCUUUCAAAAGCAUUUGUCAAUCAAGCUUAAAGGAAAAAAGACAAAAUGAUUUUCAAAACUGCAAACCACGACAUGACCCACAUACACCAAAUUCCCUUGUUAUGCCACGACCAGACAAGAUUCACCAGUGGAUGUUCAAUAAGAGCUGCUUUCCUCUCGUGGACGUGGUGAUAGAUCCUUAUCUUGUACAUCAUCUUCGACCACAUCAGAAAGAAGGAAUCAUAUUCCUUUAUGAAUGUGUAAUGGGAACAAGAGUGAAUGGCAGAUGUGGAGCUAUUCUUGCUGAUGAAAUGGGCUUGGGAAAAACCUUGCAGUGUAUUUCGCUCAUCUGGACCCUACAGUGUCAGGGACCCUAUGGAGGCAAGCCAGUAAUAAAAAAGACGUUAAUUGUCACACCUGGAAGCUUGGUGAAUAAUUGGAGGAAAGAAUUUCAAAAGUGGCUGGGAAGUGAAAGGAUCAAGAUAUUUACUGUUGAUCAGGACCACAAAGUUGAAGAAUUCAUCAAAUCUACAUUUUAUUCUGUUCUUAUCAUCAGUUAUGAAAUGUUACUUCGUUCCCUAGAUCAAAUUAGGACUAUAAAGUUUGAUCUUCUAAUCUGUGAUGAGGGGCAUCGUUUGAAGAACAGUGCCAUUAAAACGACCACAGCCCUCGUUAGCCUCUCUUGUGAGAAAAGAAUAAUUCUGACAGGUACCCCAGUUCAGAAUGAUCUACAAGAAUUUUUUGCAUUAGUUGAUUUUGUUAAUCCAGGAAUAUUAGGCUCAUUGUCAUCUUAUAGGAAAAUAUAUGAAGAACCCAUCAUUAUCUCAAGAGAACCUUCUUCUUCUGAGGAAGAAAAAGAACUAGGAGAAAGGAGAGCAGCAGAGCUUACUUGCCUCACUGGACGUUUUAUACUUAGAAGAACUCAGGAAGUCAUAAAUAAAUAUCUUCCACCUAAAAUAGAAAAUGUUGUCUUUUGCCGACCAGGAACACUGCAGAUCGAGCUUUAUCAAAAGCUGUUGAAUUCUCAGGCCGUCAGGUUCUGUCUUCAAGGGUUAUUGGAAAAUAGCACUCAUCUAAUAUGCAUAGGAGCUCUUAAAAAACUGUGUAAUCACCCCUGCCUUUUGUUCAGCUCUAUGAAGGAUAAAGAACGUAACUCAACUUGUGAUAAAAAUGAAGAAAGGAAUCUGUGCGAAGGCUUGCUAAGUGUGUUCCCUGUUGAUUACAACCCUCUCCAGUUCAGUGAGAAUGAAUCGGGAAAACUACAGGUUUUGGUAAAGCUCCUAGCAGUUAUCCAUGAACUUCGUCCCACUGAAAAAGUGGUUUUGGUAUCCAACUACAGACGAACCUUGGACAUUUUACAGGAAGUAUGUAAACGUCGUGGAUAUGCUUGUGUGAGACUUGAUGGACAAACACCAGUUUCUCAAAGGCAGCAGAUUGUUGAUGGCUUCAAUAGUAAAUACUCUACUGAUUUUAUUUUUUUGUUAAGUUCAAAAGCUGGUGGUGUGGGACUUAAUCUUAUUGGAGGAUCUCACUUAAUUCUCUAUGAUAUUGACUGGAAUCCAGCCACUGAUAUCCAGGCUAUGUCUAGAGUGUGGAGGGAUGGCCAGAAACAUCCUGUACACAUUUACAGACUCCUGACUACAGGUACAAUAGAAGAAAAGAUCUAUCAAAGGCAGAUCAGUAAGCAAGGUCUUUCUGGGGCAGUGGUAGACCUAACCAAAUCAUCUGAACAUAUCCAGUUUUCAGUAGAAGAACUUAAAAAUUUGUUCACGUUACAUGAAAAUUCACAGUGUGUUACUCAUGACCUGCUUGACUGUGUGUGUGCAGGAGAAAAAGAUCAUACAGGAGAAAAACUUAAUUCAGAUGCAUCUUUGGAAAAAUCUGUGACCUCUCGACCUUGUCAGCUUGGCCCACAUCAGCAGAAGUCUGACUCCCUGAAGCCGCUUUCCAUGUCACAGCUGAAGCAGUGGAAGCAUUUUUCUGGAGAUCAUUUAUAUCUUACAGACCCAUUUCUUGAAAGAAUAAGAGAAAAUGUGUCAUUCUUUUUUCAGAAUAUAACCAAUCAAGCUCCUACCAUCUAACUAAAGAUUACUUCUUUAUAUUCCUUUGCUCCCCAUAAAAUGUUACUAUAGUAAUUAAAUAUAAUUUUGAAAAUUGAUAAAA